AUGUCAGGUGAAGCAAUAGCCAAGGAAGCAAACACGGCCUUUGCGCAACUCAAGGUACUCACGAAUGGAGAAAGAUCACAAGCAUUGGAAAAUAUCUACAAAUCGUUGAAAGAAAAUAGAUCACCCAUUCUCGAUGCGAAUAAGCUAGAUUUAGAAAAUGCCAAAGCCAAGAACCUUUCAUCAUCCUUAAUAAAGAGAUUAGAUCUAAGCAAUUCGGGAAAAUUUGACUCAAUGCUUCAAGGUAUAUUGGAUGUUGCUAAUUUACCAGACCCAGUGGGCAAAAUGACUUUGGCUAAGAAGAUCGACGAAGGGUUGAACUUAUACAGAAUCACCGCUCCAAUUGGAGUCUUGUUGAUUAUUUUUGAAAGCAGACCUGAGGUAAUAGCCAAUAUUACAGCAUUGGCGAUCAAGUCUGGAAAUGCUGCCAUUUUGAAAGGAGGAAAGGAGUCAUACCAGACAUUCAAGGUAAUGAGUAAUAUUGUCACCGAGGCAUUAGCUGACUCCAAAGUCCCAUCCAAGGCAAUUCAGCUAAUUGAGAGUAGAGAGGAUGUUGCGGAUUUACUUGACCAAGACAAAUACAUCGACUUGGUCAUUCCUAGAGGUUCAAAUGAACUCGUACGCAAUAUCAAAUCAAAUACGAAAAUUCCAGUUUUGGGUCAUGCUGACGGUAUAUGCUCCAUCUAUGUUGACUCGAAAUUUGAUCCAGUAAAAGCCAAGAGAAUAAUCGUUGACUCUAAAACAAAUUAUCCUGCCGGGUGCAAUGCUGUUGAACAGUUGUUGCUUAAUAAGGAUAUCGCUAAAGAUGAAAUCAAGAGUAUUAUCAAGUCUCUAGUCGACACCAAAGUCGUUGUUCAUGUUACUCCUGAAUUGAAACCAUUGAUUGCGGACUUGAAUCAGGAUUAUAUUGCUGAUGCAGAGGAUGAUUCCUUCGACAAGGAAUAUCUUUCGUUAGAUAUAUCAGUGAAAUUUGUAGAAAAUGUUAAGGAAGCAAUUGAUCACAUAAACAAGCAUUCAUCCAAACACACAGAAUGUAUCAUAACUGAAAAUAAGGACACAGCAGAUUUGUUCUUGAAGAGUAUCGACUCUGCUGGAAUUUAUUGGAAUGCAUCUACUAGAUUUGCUGAUGGAUUUAGAUACGGCUUCGGAACUGAGGUCGGAAUCAGUACCAACAAAAUUCACGCGAGAGGGCCCGUUGGUUUGGAAGGGUUAAUGAGUUAUCAAUAUCAAUUGAAAGGAGACGGUCAUAUAGUAGGGGACUACGUAGGCGGAGGUGGUGACAAAUUAUUUGUUCACGAAGAUAUCUAG